CACAAAAAAAUACAGUUGAAAAAAUGAACGAACAAUCUACAGAUUACCUACCCAACACAAAUAAACUACAACCUAAACAAAAAAAGUAUCGAACUACUAAAAAGGAGAUAGAAAUACUUUCCGCAUUGAAAGUAUAUAAAGAUAAACUACCAGAUGAUGCCAUUGCUUCUGUUUAUGAAAAUUUAUCAGAAAUUUGA